AUGGUCCUGAGGCUCCUUUGUGUGUUGUGUUGCAUCGUGCUGCUGCCACGAUGGUUAGAGGCGAAGUCGCUGCUCAACACCAUCAAACCUGAAGUGAAUAUAGAUGCGGCUCAGGCUAACGGUUUUCUUUCACGCACUCGGAGGAACGCCGACCCGCGCUGGCACCGGCAGUAUCCUGACUUCCAGUCCUACUAUCGCUACUACAGCAGCAUCGGCCACACCGAGGGGCUGUAUGAGAUCGACCGGAUCCGAAUGCUGUAUCAGCAGAUGAGACACCUGGAGCAGGUAUAUGGUCCUGAUGCUGCCAACUUCCAGAACAAGCUUGGCGUUCCAAUGCUGGCCAGGUGUGACCCGUCCAAAGACAAACACUGCAAACUGCCCCAUCCUCCCGCUUCUGUAAAAGGUCCUGCUCCUCCUCCUGUCCCUAAGCAAACCCCUGCCCCACCCCCUGCUCUAGUAAAAGGCCCCUCCCCAUUGGUUCCCUCCCAGGCUGAUGUUAUUUACCUGUGUAAUGCCAAAGAUCCUCUCUGUAAGCCUCACAUUGUGUACCUGCCCUCGGGGGCGGUGCCUGUGCUCUGUGACCCCCGAUACCAUCCCAGCUGUAAGCUGGAAGGCCCACCUCCUCCUCCACCUGCCUCGGUCAAAGGCCCCGCCCCUGCCCCACCUCCUGCACCUGUAAUCCAUAAAGGAAUGGAGUAUGAUUGUGACCCCUACUGGGACCCCGACUGUCUGAUUGACAAACCUCCCCGCCCUAUGAAGGGUAAAACUCUGCCCCUUCCACCUGUGCCUGAGCCUGAAGAGGAAGAAGAGGAGGAGGAGGAGACACCAGCGCCACCUGCUCCCAUUGCUAAGAAACCCGCCUACCCAUACUACGGUUCUCCCUAUCAAUAUGAUGUCCACUCAGAGCUGUACAAUUCUGCUCGCUAUUCUUACCCUUCCCCCAACACCAAAUAA